AUGCCACUCUUCACACUUCCCAUAUUUGAUACAACUCAAACAUCUGCCACCACUCCUCAAGUCCACUUCGCACCUCUCUCUUUACGAUCCCAAAAACGAAAACGACGCGAUAGCGAUAGCGAUCAAGAUGGCUGGUACAAUAAUGAGUAUAUUGCGAACACAAAUACCAAUUCAGGAAAAGGAAAGGAAAGAGAUGUUGGAGGACCGUCAUACCCUUCUGCAGAAAAUACGAAUCCAUUGAGUUUAACGCCCGCAGAGGUGAUGCAAUAUCGAUUAGCUGGCUUGGGACUCGAUAAAGAAUUACCUUCGAAAAUUGGAGUUAAGAAUUGGCCGCAUAGAGGAAUACCUACUAGAUAUUCUGGAUUUUCCGAUGAUUGCGAAUCUGCUGUCAAGCCUCGAGACGAUGAAGACGAAGAUUCCGAAGAAGAAUCUGCUAAAAGUCGAAGGGAGAGGGAAAGACGUAGUAAGGAAGAAAAGAAAACUGGGAGGUCGAAUUUGAAGCUUCAACAUUUAAGUGUAUUGGUUGCGAUUAUGAUGAGGAAUUUGGAAGAGGGGGAUAUGGAGAGGGCGGGACGGGCUUGGAGUUUACUUUUACGGAUGCAGAUUACGGGCAAGGGGAUUGAAAUCAGGAAGACGGGGUUUUGGGGGAUUGGAGCCGAGUUACUGAUGAGAGGUGUGACGAAUAAACAGAGAAAGGAAUGGUGGGAAGAGGAUACGGGAGAAGGGAGUGGUGAUGAUGGGAACAAUAAUGAUGGGGAACAAAAAGAAGGAGAGGAAGAUGGAAAAGGGGAAGACAAGGGAGGUGAAGAAAAGAGAUAUGGUACAGCUGAAGGACUUCUCAAAGUGAAAGAUUAUUACGAACGUCUCAUUCUUCAAUAUCCUUACAAACGACAAUUCCACGGCUCAGUCACUGCGCUAGAUUUCUGGCCUGCGAUGCUUGGGUGUGAAAUCUAUGGAAUACAAUUUGAACAUAAAGAUGGUUUACGAAAGAUUGCCAAGCAAGCAGAGAAGGACGAAGAUGGGGAUAUAAGCGAUAGUGAAAUCAGCGACGAAGAAGAUAUGGACGAUAAUGAUGAAGCAGGGGAUCUCGAGGAUAAAGCAUUCCUAGCUCAUCAACGUCGCCAAGACCGUCUCCAUAAACGACGGAAAGAAAAACGCUGGGAAGAAAGAGAUGAAGUUCGACGCGCAGCUCUAGUAGCUACGGAAAUGGUAGCUCAACGAAUGGAUGAAUUAAUGACCACGCCUCCAUACUCUGAUUCUGAAGUCCUACUUCGUCUGAGAGGAAUGGUAGCGUUAUAUGUUGGAAAUCUAUGUGUACCAGAGAAAUGGGAAGGUGAUGAGGAAUGGUUUGGGAAAAUGAGGGGUGGAGCAAUGGAGGCUGAUAGAAGGUUUUUGGGACGACAAAGAGAAGCAGAGGUUCGAAGGGGAAUGGAGAAGAGAGAGGAUGAGAGGAGGAGGGCCAGAGGCUUGUUUGGAAAGAUUGGGGUCGAGUGGGAUGACGGGGAUGAAGGGAUGGAUUUGGAUAUGACCCUAGAGGGUUAUGAAGGGGAUGAAUGA